AUGGCUGAUUCCACCGGGAAUCUCUCGGGUUCGGGUCGUUUGCGCCGGCCCGUGUGGGCUACCCCGCCAAAACCUUUGCAGUCUUUGGAUGAUCCGCUGUUGAGGGGCGAGGCUCUGAUCUCACCGACGGUCGUGUCAUCACAUGCGCAGCUUCCAGGGCUUCCGAAGCAACCGAACUUUCCGAAGUCUGCUUCCGUGCCUGCUUUUCCAGCGGCCGAGAAAAAAUCGCCGCUGCAGCCGCUUGAGCAUCGGCCGAGCACUUCGGCCGGUAGUGACGUUUCGGUGCCAAGUCGAGCUGUUGGAUGUCGCAUUGGUGCUUUCGCGACGUGUGAUGCCGUCGCAGUUGACCAACUCCUUUACAGGCUGGACAGCGGCCAAACUCUGGAUGCGCAGAAUGCACAGUUCGCGUGGAAGCUUGGCUUGCAGCAACGGCGGCAACUUCCACGAGGCGAAAGCUUGGCGUCGGCCAUCCGAAACGGGAAGAUUCCGAAGUGGGGGUUUCCGUCCUUCGGACGCUGCAGAUUGGUCGACGAGGAGGUAUAUAGCCUGGAGGACGACAGCAUCGACGAGACGAUAAGGGAUGUCAUUUUUGGCACCGUAUCCGCGGCGCAGAACGCAGGUUUUCACGUUCAGGUUAGCCGCUUCGAUCUUUUUCACGGGCAUUUCGUGCAGCGUCGAAAUGGUGAUGUUGCCUUGCUGCUUCAUGCCUCAGAAUACCCGGCGAUGAAUCCGGAUUCUUUCCCGGUGCAUCUUGGUUACUGCCAAGCCGAGUCGCCCCUGCAGUACAGUUCUACGACAAUGCAGUUCAGAAAUAUUGUGGUGUUGUUUUCUGACAAUGUCCGGGCUUUCGUGCUGGAUGCAGAAGCAGACUGCGUCAAGGCCGUCAUUCCAGAAUACGCACGAAAGCCCGUGUAUGUCCUGUACGAGGACAUGUUGGGGCAACCGCUUGCUGAUGUGUAUUUCCUUUCAGAUUACCCUUUGGGUUGGACACUUCGCAGCCCCAAACGGGCUUUGCGGAGGCAGCGGGCGAAGCUGUAA